AUGGCUUCGCUCAACACAUUAAUGUUCUCUCCGGCAGUCAUCCCCGGCCGGAAAAGACUGCCGACGACAAAAACCUUCGCAACCGCGGCCAAGAACUCCGGCGGCGGGAGCGAGGAGAAGAGCUUGUGGGACUUUGUACUUGGUGCAAUAGCCAAAGAGGAGCAGCUCUAUGAGGUUGAUCCACUUCUACAAAAGGUGGAGGGGAAGCCCAGUGGGACCACUGGGUCCCGUAAAAGCGCCGUCGUGGUUCCGCCGCCGAAGAAGGAGAGCGGUGGUUUUGGUGGCUUUGGAGGGCUGUUUGCUAAGAAAGAGUGA